AUGCAAGUCCCGGACCAGGAACAAUGCUCCCGGGAGCUGGAUUUGGAGGAAAUAACCAGGAAAAUUUCAUUUCUUGACAAAUGGCGGCAAAUCUUUAGUUGUCACAGGUUGGGAACCAAUAAUACAACUCUUCAGAAUCAUGGAGGCAACCAUACAUCUGCUGAUGAAACUGAAGAUAGAACAGGAAUACCUCAGCCCAAAGGACAAGGACAUUUGCCACCAAGUAGCCUUUGUUCUAUCCCCAAACCCUCUAUCAUCUCUUCAAAAUCCGGCGGCUUUCCUAUCUCCCUGGCAAUGGCCACGAAGUUACGGCAGAGCCUCUUUGGAAAUGCCGUCCAUGUCUUCAGCUCUGACUGGAAAAAGGCCUAUUUCAGGUUCCAUGAUCCUUUUUCUGACCUGGCUUUUGCUUUGGAAGUAGAAAAGGGAGGUGCCCGAAGCAUUCAGAUGGCUGUACAAGGAUCCAUCAUCAAAUACUUGCUGUUUACAAGGAAGGGAAAAGACUGUAACUUUCACAGUUUAUGUGCAAUAAGCAAACGGGAGCAGGAGCAGGGCCUGGCUGCGGCACUGGCUGGCAUCCUGUGGGCGGCAGGCGCAACUGAGAAGGCCACUGUCUGUCUCAUCGCUGAGGACACUUACAUCACCUCAACUCCUGACUACUCGGGAGAUGAUUUCACUGAGCGGCUCCAGCUGUUUGAACUUUUAGAGAAAGAAGCCACUGAGAGAUUCAUCUAUGAUCAUUUACAAUGUUUCAAAGGGGAAGGAAGCCACGGUGUCAUCUUGUUUCUUUACAGCCUCAUCUUCUCCAGAACAUUUGAAAGGCUUCAGAAGGACCUAGAUGCCUCCACAGCUCAUCUGUUACAACCAAGUGCUGGGGGCUUCCUGUGCAGGCAGGCCGUUUUGAACAUGAUUCUAACCGGAAGAGCAAGUCCAAAUGUCUUUAAUGGCUAUCAGAAGGGAAAGUCGCAAGAAAUAUUACAUGGAGUCCUGACCCGCAGUGACGUCGGGUAUUUGCAGUGGUAUAAGGAUGCCUCAGAGGAUGACAGGCUUUCGCAGGUGGGCAGCAUGCUGAAGACCCCCAAAUUACCUAUUUGGCUGUGCAACAUCAGUGGAAAACCCAGCGUCCUUUUUAGCACAAACAGGCAGCUCUCAUCAGACUGGAAAGCGGAGCGUCGCUUUGCUCUGUAUCUGUACAGUGGCCGCCCCCCCCAGAACACGCCUGUGCAUCUCACAGUAGAUACUCACUCCCAUCACUGGGAAAGGAACCAACAUGAAGAUGAACAUGUACCAAGAAGACGGUUUUCUCCAGUAGAGAUGGCAAUCAGGACCAAGUGGAGAGAAGCCACCAUCAACUGGAAUGGAACCGUUCCCUUUCUCUAAAGAGAAAGCCAGGAUGUGCAAUGACUUACGAAGUGUCAGAGCUCCUGGGGCACAGAGCCUCAUAUGGGGGGGACCACUUUACUUCUACAUUCCUCAUUCACGAACCCCACUGAAAAACCCCAUUAGCCAUUCUUUCUUUUUCUUUUUCCCUUUCUUUCUUUCUUUCUUUCUUUCUUUCUUUCUUUCUUUCUUUCUCUUUCUUUCUUUUGUUCUUUCUUUCGUUCGUUUGUUCUUUCUUUCUUCUUUUCUUUCUUUCUCUUUCUUUCUUUCUUUCUUUCUUUCUUUCUUUCUCUUUCUUUCUUUUGUUCUUUCUUUCGUUCGUUUGUUCGUUUUUUCUUUCUUUCUUUCUUUCUUUCUUCCUUCCUUCCUUCCUUCCUUCCUUCCUUCCUUCCUUCCUUCCUUCCUUCCUUCCUUCCUUCCUUCCUUCCUUCCUUCCUUCCUUCCUUCCUUCCUUUCUUUCUUUCUUUCUUUCUUUCUUUC